UUGGCGGGCGUGAGUGAGUAGGCUGGGAGGUGGUGUCGUGGUGGUGGUGAAGAAGACAGUUCCCCGUGUGUGAGGAACCAUGGGGCUCCUCAGGUCAAGUCUACUCCUCUCUUUCUUCUCCUCCAUCUACACUCAAGAAUGGAACACACACGAGUACACCGUGAGGGAACACUCACUGGUUAAGCCCUACCAGGGUACGUGAAAGAGCCCAUGCAGGAGGGCGAUGUGUUUGGUAGUAAGGACUUCUUCACUGGCUUGGCUGUCAUCAUGGACACCUACAGUAACCAUAAUGGCCCACAUAAUCAUGGUCAUCCCUACAUCUCUGCUAUGAUCAACAAUGGCACACUCCACUAUGACCAUGACCGUGAUGGAACUCACACUCAGCUGUCAUCAGGCUGUGUUGCCAAGUUCAGGAAUCUGGAGCAUGAUACAUAUAUUUCUGUCAAGUACGUCCAUGACACACUAACAGUGUCAACCGAUAUUGAUAACAAACAAGUGUUCAAGGAAUGUUUUUCGGUGGAUGGGGUCAAGCUGCCAUUGGGCUAUUAUUUUGGUGUGUCUGCUGCUACGGGUGACCUCAGUGAUGCACACGACAUAAUUUCACUGAAGACGUAUGAUCUCACCACUCCUGAUGAUGUAAGCACAACCUCCACACGUGCUUUUAAUUUCUUGUUUUCUUUUCAUAAACAUAACUCGAUUUCAUAUAGUGCAAAUUAUUCUGUGAUGUAUAUGUUCAAUAGUGUGCUGAAGAAAAUUUGUAAAGUGCUGUACAUUAUGUAAUGCUUUCAUUGCCCU